UAUGGGGACAGGGAAGAAGGCACGGGAAUAACAAUAACGUGGUUUCGUCUCUUCAACUAUAUGCUACUGAGAAAAAUGGGCCUGAAGAUGUUGGAUUUGAGUCAUGUAGUUUAUUUGAUGCUGGGUUGAUUGCCCUUGGCAAAGGCUUUCCGAAACUUGAGAAGCUGAGCUUAAUUUGGUGCUCUAACGUCUCAAGUUCUGGCUUAAUUGCACUCACCAAGAAGUGCUCAUUUUUAACAACUUUAGAUUUACAGGUUGAAGUGCCUGGGGGCCGAGGGAUGCCAUCCAAAAUUGUUGACAAGGAUGAAGGUCUAGAAAAGUUUGAUGCUGCAAAAUUAAGAAAGCUAAGACCAAGUUUCAAGCAGAACGAGGGCUCUGUUACUGCUGGCAAUGCUUCAAUCAUAAGUGAUGGUGUAGCUACAUUAGUCCUAGUGAGUGGAGAGAAGGCACUUCAACUUGGAUUGCAAGUAAUUUCAAAGAUUAAGGGCUAUGCUGAUGCAGCUCAGGCACCUGAAUUCUUUACAACUGCUCCAGCCCUUGUGAUACCAAAAGCUAUUUCAAAUCCUGGUUUAGAUGCUUCUCAGAUUGAUUACUAUGAAAUAAAUGAAGCGUUUUCUGUUGUAGCUCUAGCCAAUCAAAAGCUGCUUGGUCUUAAUCCUAUGAGUUUGGAGAAAACUAGAUAAUUUCUUUCAAGUUGAUUUACUCUUAAGUCUAAAAUGUAUGUUAUUUUAAAUGUGAUCACUCUUCCAUUUUCUGCAAUUUGUAUAGUCAUUCAUCUGUCCACAAUGCAUUUCAGCUUUGCUCCAUUUUGUCACU